AUUGCGUCAUAUGGAACUGAAGCUAAACCUAAACUUAAUUUUUCUAAUGAGAUGGAAAAUAAUAAAAGUUUUGUCAGUGUACCAACUACUAUUAAAACACUAGAAAAUGACACCGUUCUAUUGCCUUGUUAUCACAAUGCUACUUUCUAUUUUGUUCGUUGGCAUAGAGAUGAUAUAUCAUUAGUUGAUUCAAGGCAUCCUGAAACGACAGCAUCUAAUCGUAUACAUUUAUUUUCGAAUGGUAGCUUACAAGUAUCCAAUGUACGAGAGGAAGAUAGUGGUGAAUAUUAUUGUGAAAUGAUGGCUAAUAACACGCAUGCAGUACAAGUUCACGCUAUUGAAGUACAAUCGCCACCCAUAUUAAAAGCUGAACCUACGGGAUUAUUGGAAUUACCUAUUGGUGCUAUUUUUGAAUUGAUUUGUGAAGCAAGAGGUAUUCCACAUCCUGCUAUUACGCUGCUUAUGAAUGGUAGUAAAUUUGAUGAAUACCAUAUAAGUAGUCGCCAUAGCUUUCUAAUAAAAGUAUCAUCGCGUUAUAUGACUGGCCCUAUUGAAUGUUUUGCUACCAAUGGUGUUGGAGAACCAGCAACGGCGGGUGUAUAUCUUAAAGUUUUAUAUACUCCAGAAAUUUCCAGUAAAUCUGAUAUAGUUUACACAAAAAUAAAUGCUCGUGCGCAACUUGAGUGCAUUGUCGAAUCGAAUCCACAUGCAAAUGUUCAUUGGUUUCAUAAUGGUAUUCCAUUGACUUUUGAUUUACGUAUAACCCGUCAUGAUACGGAACUGAAAAAUAAUGAAAGCUUAAGUUCACCGUUCCUUGUAAGCAGUCAUGUUUUAGUAAUACGUAAAGUUCGCGAUUCUGAUAUUGGAUUAUACGAAUGUCGAGCUCAAAAUAAGAUUGGUUUCAAAAGUAUCACCAUCGAUUUGACUGGUAGACCUAUGCCAUGUGCUUUCAAGAUAAAUACCGGUGAACAAGGCUCAACGUCACAUUUGUUGGUAUGGCAAACAGAAAGUCUUUCACCAGUUACAGACUUUAAAUUAAAAUUUCGUCAAAUCACUUCAGAAAAUAAGACCUUACAAAGAAAUCAAAAUGUUAAAUGGACUGAUCUAACUAUACCAUCCGAUAUUGCAAUAGGUCCAAUUUAUACUGCAUCAUAUACUCUACGAGGGCUUCAACCUGCCAGCAUUUUUGAAGUUAUCGUACUAGCCCGUAAUCAUUUCGGGUGGAGCAGUGAUAGUAAAACAAUAAGAUUCACAACAGGAGGUGAAGUUGAGUUGCCAAAUUAUUCCACAGAAUCUGAAAUGACUGAGGAAACUUUUGAUGAAAUUAAUGAAGUUGAACAAGAUUCGCAUAUAUCUUCAGGUUGCUUAGAUUUUAGAAUUUCUGCUAAGUUAUUCUAUGUUUUACUCGGAUUUAUAUAUAUACUAAAUAAAACUUUUUUCACUAAAUCAUAA